AUCACAACAAAGAUGGCGUUGGCACUGCGGGCGGCCGUGGCGGCGUCCGGGACUGCCCGGUGCGCUCUGGUUUGCAGUAAUACAGCCUGGACAGCGCGGGCCCAGAGAUACUGCAGCCAGUCCGUCACCGUUAAAGAGCGUAUCGAACGGAAACGCCAAGAAGCGCUGCUCGGAGGCGGUCAGUCCCGAAUCGACGCGCAGCACAAACGGGGAAAACUAACAGCCAGAGAACGAAUCAGUCUCCUGUUGGACCCUGGGAGUUUUGUUGAAAGUGACAUGUUUGUAGAACACAGAUGUGCUGAUUUUGGAAUGGCAUCUGAUAAAAAUAAGUUUCCUGGGGAUAGUGUGGUAACUGGCCGAGGCCGGAUCAAUGGAAGAUUGGUUUAUAUCUUCAGUCAGGAUUUUACAGUGUUUGGAGGAAGCCUGUCAGGAGCUCAUGCCCAAAAGAUCUGUAAAGUCAUGGAUCAAGCUAUGAUGGUUGGGGCUCCUGUAAUUGGACUGAAUGACUCUGGAGGAGCUCGGAUCCAAGAAGGGGUAGAAUCCUUGGCUGGUUAUGCCGAUAUAUUUUUGAGGAAUGUCAUGGCAUCUGGAGUUGUCCCUCAAAUUUCUUUGAUCAUGGGCCCAUGUGCAGGAGGUGCUGUCUAUUCCCCUGCCCUAACAGACUUCACAUUCAUGGUGAAGGACACAUCGUAUCUGUUCAUCACAGGCCCUGAUGUGGUAAAAUCUGUCACCAAUGAGGAUGUUACCCAAGAAGAACUUGGUGGUGCCAAGACACACACAACAAUGUCAGGAGUGGCACACAAAGCCUUUGAAAAUGAUGUAGAUGCCCUGUUUAACCUCCGGGAGUUCUUCAACUACUUACCCUUAAGUAACCAGGAUCCAGCUCCAAAACGCGAAUGCCAUGAUCUAUGUGACCGCCUUGUUCCUGAACUGGACACACUUGUUCCAUCAGAGUCAACCAAAGCCUAUGACAUGGUGGACAUAGUACAUGCAGUUGUUGAUGAGAGAGAAUUUUUUGAGAUUAUGCCAAAUUAUGCUAAGAACAUCAUUAUUGGCUUUGCAAGGAUGAAUGGAAAGACUGUUGGAAUUGUGGGCAACCAACCCAAAGUGGCAUCAGGGUGCUUGGACAUUAAUUCUUCUGUGAAAGGUGCUCGUUUUGUCCGAUUUUGUGAUGCUUUUAAUAUACCACUGAUUACUUUUGUCGAUGUACCUGGUUUUUUGCCUGGUACUGCUCAGGAGUACGGAGGAAUCAUACGACAUGGGGCCAAACUACUUUAUGCAUUUGCAGAAGCAACUGUGCCCAAGAUCACUGUAAUCACACGGAAGGCUUAUGGUGGUGCCUAUGAUGUGAUGAGCUCCAAGCAUCUACGCGGGGAUGUCAAUUACGCCUGGCCCACAGCCGAGAUUGCUGUGAUGGGGGCAAAGGGAGCAGUUGAGAUCAUCUUCAAAGGAAAGGAGAAUGUGGAAGCUGCUCAGGCAGAAUACGUGGAAAAGUUUGCAAACCCCUUCCCUGCGGCAGUGAGAGGGUUCGUGGACGACAUCAUCCAGCCUUCCAGCACUCGUGCCCGGAUCUGCAGGGACCUAGAUGUGUUAGCGAGCAAGAAGCAGGCCAGUCCCUGGAAGAAGCACGCCAACAUCCCACUCUGAGCUCCCCGUAAGCCUGGAGACCGAGAGGUGCAGCUCACGUGUCUGCCUCUGGAAAUCACAUGACUGUCUGAGUAGGAAAUGCUGUCUGUAAAGGGAAUGCUAAAUUAAAUCCAGAAGAGUAAUUUGUGUGCCUUCAUGGGCCACUCCAUGCUUGACCAAUGACUCCUCUGGAAAAUUACAAGCAAUUUUUUCAAGGGAGGCACAUGGGAUCUCUGUGGACAUUUGUCAGUGGGGUCAACCAUGCCAUAAGCCAGUCCCUGAUGUCUGGUUUUCCCUGGGAGUGACUUUAAUCUUAAUUCUGGACUCUUGUGAUUGUGAUUGACUAGCAGAGUAAAUCUGCCAGAUGGCUAAUAUAGUGGGCCUCCUCAUGACUAAAAACAAAACCUGGUUAAAGGAAUGAGUGGAUUAAAAUUCUGAUUUCUGUUUCACUUGUGAGAAAUUAUUGGGGUUUAUUUUAGAAAUUGGGGAAAAUAGGGUCAGAUCUCACUAAGGACUGUAGUUCUGUGCCAUACCCAUGUACAGAAAAGCAGUUUGAUUUUUUUUUUACCCUGCAAGUUAGAUGUAUUGCAGGACAAUAUUUUGCAUAGUGAGCAUUGCAUAUCAGAUAACAUGAUCCUUUUUUCACUUUUCUUAUUCCAGCCUUGUUGAAUUCAAAUUAAUUUUUAGUCUUAAAAUGUAAUAAAAAUUGUACUCUGGUGUUUAUAUUCA